AUGCAUCAAAAUACACUCCAAUACUUCUUCACACUCUCUUCCAAAACAGCGCGUGAACUCACUCUCUCCACACUCCACUUCCUCAAAACCACAUUCAAAUUUCUCCACAAAACAAGCACACCACUACAUUAACCAACCAACCUCACUCAAAAAAACACUCUCUGUGUUCUGUCUCAAAUAACAACAGAAAAAACAAAACUAAGAAAGUUCAAAUCUUUUUGAUAGAAUCACCAACCCUCAAAACCUCAAAACCAACCUUAAUUUUCAAUUUUCAUACAGAGAUUCCAUCGGGUAUCUCUAAAAAUCCAAACUUGAUGAUGGAUAAUUCUUCACCAACAUCUCUCUCAUCACCUCUCUCUCUCCAAAACCAAAAAACACCCUUUCAAGACCCACCACAAGCAUCACCAAAACCAUACAAAAAAACCUUAAUCUCAUCUCUAAUGGGUACUACCACCAAUCUAAGAACCUCUUCCUUUGAAGAAGACAAUUACUUUGUUACCCUUCUCAAAUCCUCAGAGAAAAAAGCACUUCAAGAACUAAAAAGAAAACUCAUUGAAACAACAACAAAAACUUCUUCAAAUGGAGUUGAACAUGAAAUUUCAAUGUGGGGUGUUUCUCUUGUUAGUGAAGAUGAUAGAGCUGAUGUAAUACUCUUGAAGUUUCUAAGAGCAAGAGAUUUCAAAGUUAAUGAAGCACUAAUCAUGAUUCUAAAGUGUUUAACUUGGAGGAAAGAGUUUUGUGCUGAUAACAUAGUUGAUGAAGAUUUGAGUGAUUUCAAAGAGCUUGAAGGUGUGAUAGCUUAUAUGCAAGGACAUGAUAGAGAGGGACAUCCUGUGUGUUACAAUGCUUAUGGUGUUUUUAAGGAUAAGGAUAUGUAUGAAAGGAUUUUUGGAGAUGAAGAGAAGCUUAAGAAGUUUCUUAGGUGGAGAAUUCAAGUUCUUGAAAGAGGGAUUAAGCUUCUUCAUUUUAAGGCUGGUGGUGUUAAUUCUCUUAUUCAAGUUACUGACCUUAAAGAUAUGCCUAAAAGAGAGCUUAGGGUUGCUUCUAACCAUAUCCUCUCAUUGUUUCAAGAUAACUACCCAGAAAUGGUUGCCAAAAAGAUUUUCAUCAAUGUGCCAUGGUACUUCAGCAUGUUGUAUUCAAUGUUUAGUCCUUUUUUAACUCAAAGGACUAAAAGCAAAUUUGUGAUCUCAAAGGAAGGAAAUGCUGCAGAGACACUCUACAAAUUCAUUAGACCUGAAGAUAUUCCUGUUCAAUAUGGAGGACUGAGUAGGGUCAGUGAUUUGCAAAAUGGUCCCCCAAAACCGGCCUCUGAAUUCACUGUCAAAGGAGGGGAGAAAGUGAAUAUACAAAUAGAAGGAAUUGAGGGGGGUGCAACUAUCACUUGGGACAUUGUUGUAGGAGGUUGGGACUUAGAAUACAGUGCUGAGUUUGUUCCAAAUGCUGAAGGAAGCUACACUAUAGCAGUUGAGAAGCCAAGAAAAAUUGGAGCCUCAGAAGAAGCAAUUCACAACUCAUUCACAUCAAAAGGAUCUGGAAAAAUGAUACUCUCGGUUGAUAACACUUCGUCGAGGAAGAAAAAAGUCGCUGCUUAUCGAUAUGUUGUCCGCAAAUGCUGCACCACUUGAGAGAUUGUCAUUAAGCGCGUGUUUUGAAACAUUAAUUUCUUAAGUAGGAACAUGUGGUGGCCUUAAAGCUACCGCAUGAUGAUUGAAUUUCUAACAUGUUUUGAAACACUUGCGAAGAUUCAAUUAGUUUUACAUUUAAACUUUUGCUAAUGAUGCUUUUUUUUUUUAACUUUUAUUUGAAGAGUCACAUUUAUGCUUAUGAACUUGUCAUAUGUUUAACUUUAGAGUUAUUAAUUAACUAGUAGUGUUGUAUGUAAAAAUGAGAACAAUGGUGGUAGUAAUAGUUUAUUGCUUGCUAUAGAAGAAAAGCAAUUAAGUUUGCUUACAUAGCAUAACAUGUUACUGUUUGUUAUGACCUUUUCAGUGGAUUUUGGGACAAUUACAACAUUGUGUA